AUGCCCGAAGCCACAGUCCACGGUUACCUGUUCAAACCAACUUUACCGCGCAUCUGGAACCUCGUCUUCGACUUUGACAAUAUUGUUUGUCUUCCAGGCUUCGGUAUCAGUAUCAUAAUUAUGACUUGGGUCUUUGGCUGGCCUCUCUACAACGACGACGCGCUCAUAAUCGCGAAGACACACAAUCUUGUCAAGUCGGACCCGAACGCGAGAGAUGAUCGGCGCAUCCAAGCAGCCCACCAGUGGGUCCUCGACCAGAUCGGCAUUGUCCCUGUGCUCUCCUGCUGGGUCAACGACGUCCCGGAGGUCGUAUACGCUGUGUAUGUCGACUAUGGCGACAACCGCUAUCCUCCGACCGAUCUCAUCCGAGAGAACAUGACAAUGACCGGCAAGCAGUACCGUCGCCUCAAGAAAGCGAUGCCACUCAAGGAUUUCGGCUGGUACCAGCACAACGAUCCGUCCUGCGAACUAUACGGAGAGUUGGUUGACAAGGACGAGGAUGACAGUGACGAGGGCAGUGAUGAGGGUAGCGACACGGAUGGCGAUGGAGAAGACGAUGUUGAUGAUACGUCGAUGAACACUGCGAACGACGAAGAAGACGCGGCUGGGAGCGACAAUGAGACAGUCACCGACGGUGUAGUUUCAAGGUUGGACUCGCCCUCGGAGUCGGACUCCUGCCCCUCUAGGGUAACUCAUUCACUACCGACGUAUUUCGAUACGCGUUGCACCAUCACCGAACCACAGCCUUGA